CUCAAAUCAAGCGUCUGAAGGGGCAUUGCGGCAGGCGGCCACAACAUGUGAGACACCGCGAAGAGAUGAAGUCUUGGAGGAUGAUGUCUCAACAAAUUUGCCUUUGCCAGACUCUGGGAGCCGACGCUAUCUUGAUUGUCAGGAAGAGUUUCGGCAGUUGAAGAUAGAGCGCAUCUGCCGUUACAUGAACGUGCCAGUGGAAGAAGCUGGCAUCAUUCCGGAGUUAGCGCACUAUCUUAAAUGCAAAGGUGGAAAAGUGGGAGAAGGGCGUGCCCACAGGAAUUGGAUCGACACAAAAUGCGGCAGGUUUGUUUCCAACACAGCACUUUGGUUGAAUGUGGCGUUGUUCAUUGUAGUUGCGAACCUUCACGAAGCUGACUGGCAAAGUCUCCAGAUCGAUCCUGUUCUGCAAGGAUGCUAUUGUGGUGGCCAGCUGCUCCUGCUAGCUUUCUUCUCUUACGAGCUGUGGCAGCGGCUCAAGUCUGCUGAUGAGGGCAUUGAUGCAUUCAUGAAGACUGGCUGGAAUUGCUACGAUGCGUUCCUCAUUGCACUGGGCUUUGUGGAUGCUUGUGUGCUCAAUUUCAUACCCGUGGCGCAAGUUCAAGCAGUACACAACAUGGUCUUGCUUCUGGCACCUGCUCUUCAAAUCCUCAGACUUGGGCGAGUAGUGACGGAGCUUCGCUUGAUCAUCUUGGGCAUUGUGAAAGCCAUGCGUGCCGUCUUUUGGGCAAUGGUGCUUCUCACUCUCGUCAUCUAUUUCUUUGCCGUCUUCACGGUUCACUAUGUGGGCGAAAUGUUCAGAAAUGAUGUGUUGACAUCGAACUUGUCCAGCAGUAUGGGGGAGGCCAUGUUUACAUUGUUUUCUUUUGCGACACUGGAAGACUACACUACAACGGUUCGUCACUUCAUGCGGAGCGGCAUGUCUGGGGUGCUUGUUGCAGUCUGCAUUGUUGGCUUCAUUCUUUUUGCGAACUUGGCCUUGUUGAACUUGCUGACCGCCAUCAUGGUGGAGGCAGUUGUGGACAUAUUGCCGCUCUUCUUAGAGGAAAGGUCUGAAGUGCUGAACCGAGAGACGGCUGCACGCGUGAAGAAGUUGAAAGAACUCUUCCACAAGAUGGAAGAGCAUGGCAGCAAGAGAGUGAGCUGCGAUGAAUUCCAGAAGAAUGUAGACCAGCACGUGAAGGAUGAGUUGGGCAAGUUGCAGAUUGCAAACUCUGAUCUGAACGAACUUUUCAAACUGAUCGACUUCACCGGCGCUGGUGCUCUCUCACAGGCGGAGUUCAUAGAUGGACUCAUGCGUAUGACCCCUGCUCCUGCAAGCAAAAGGGAGCUCCUGGAAGUCCAGCAUGACCUCCACAGGAUGUGGAACAUGCUUUCAGUUGGGCAAGAGCGCCUUCAGGAGCAGCUUACCAGCUUUAUGAAAGACUUGCCUGUGCGGCUGUUACCAAUUGUUGAGGAGGUCCGGGAGAUGCGGGAUACGUACAAGACAUCUUUGGUGGAGCGGGACAAGCUGGCCCAGACCCUGGCACAACAAGUUGAAGCAACAUGCUCUAGACUCCCAAUACGAGAGGUGCAAGCCAGCGAGUGUGAAAUCCGCCACCAGCUGAAUGAGGUGCAGCAAAGCCUGGCGGAUUUGACAGAUAGCCGCAACGGGAUCUCCGAGCAGCUGGUGCAUUUGCUUGAAGAAGUCCAGGGGCAGCAUUCGAUGAUGCUUGCCACGAGCCAGACGCAACAGUCCUUGUCUGCACGCUUUGAUGAAUUGGAGGCAGAGCUGCAGGUGCCACAAGAUCCACAAUCUCAUUGCAUGCAGGGCCAUGCAGAAGAGAAGAAAACAAUUGAACCUGAAGUGACCAAAAUGUUCGCGAGCCAAGAAACUCAAACCGUACCUUCGGAGAACCGAUCCCGUGCAAAUCGAGAAGCUUUCGACAUCUCAAGCCAGGCGCGUCGCUCCUGGCUUUUUCCUGCGCAGCACUCGCUGGCAAACUGGCAGACCUUGGUGGGAUGUCAGGAUGUUCCUGGGAACAUCAUUGUGCGGCUGCGAAGCAUUUGCGCCUAUGAGCUUGCCAAGCAGCCUGCCAAGCAGUUUGCCAAAUAUCCCAAGCUUUUCCAGCUUCCCAUCCAGUCAUUGGCCGACAUGCAAUGGUCUUACCCGGACUUGAGUGGAUCUCCUUCUCCAUACACUGAUGGGAAGGUUCGAGUUGCCAAAGUGCUUCGCUGGCUACAAAACAAGCAUUGGAUGCACCUGCCCUUUGAUAAGCUCAUACUGAGAUUGGAAGGAGCUGGCAUCCAGCUAAGCAUGGUGGAGCAAGACAUACUGAAGUGCUACCUAGCUGAUGAGUCUUUAUGA